ACGAAAAUGAACGGGCCGUGUAACGGUAAGAUUGUCUCCGAGUUUCACUGCCGGAACGCGUUCAGUGAGUUCUCGAUCGACGCGAAGAAGACUCCGUUUCAGUGCGACCAUGAGAAGUCCCACAAGGAGUCCGAGGACGAGUCGAGGCUGCCCGUCCUAGAGGCCGCCUACACCAGCGUUCUUCAGGCGCUCGGAGAGGACGCUGACCGCCAGGGUCUUCUUCGGACACCGCUCCGUGCGGCCAAAGCCAUGCAGUUCCUGACCAAAGGCUACCACGAGAGCAUCUACGACAUCCUCAACGAUGCCAUUUUUGAUGAAGACCAUGAAGAGAUGGUGAUUGUAAAAAACAUUGAUAUGUUCUCUCUGUGCGAGCAUCACCUUGUGCCCUUCUUUGGCAAGGUUCACAUUGGGUAUCUGCCAAAUAAAAAGGUGGUUGGUCUGAGCAAACUGGCAAGAAUUGUUGAGAUCUACAGCCGACGACUCCAAGUCCAGGAACGGCUGACCAAGCAGAUCGCGAUGGCCAUCUCGGAUGCCCUGCAGCCUGCCGGGGUGGCGGUGGUCAUAGAGGCAGCGCACAUGUGCAUGGUCAUGCGAGGCGUGCAGAAGAUGAACAGCCGAACGGUCACCAGCACCAUGCUGGGCGUGUUCCGGGAGGACCCCAAAGCCCGCGAGGAGUUCCUGGCCCUGACCAAGAACUGCUAAAGAAUGACCUGCGACUGCUGUCAUGUCACGCAAACACCAAGAGCGCCCUCUGCUGGCCAUCCAGACAACACGCUUAAAUGUACA